AUGGCAGAUCCACAAGGUCCUUUAGACGUUAUUCCACUGAAUAAUUACCCGCCAAUCCUAACGAUUGCAAAUUAUAUUUCAAUUAAGCAAAUGAUUAAUCAGAUAUUAAGUGAAGAUAAUGAAUAUGUAAAUUGGAAACUGAAAAAUUUAAGAACAGGUGGUACAAUGAAUAAUUAUAUCAAUGAGUAUAAAGAAAAGAUUAAUCAGAUGAAUGAGAAUGGAAUGAAUAUUAAAUUAAUUAAAUAUAAUUCAGACUUACAAGAACUUAAAGAUCGUCGAAUUCGUAAAAAGUGCCAUAAACAAAGAAAAAGGGAAAGACGAUUAGCUAUGGAAAAGCAAAAAUUAAUGAAAGAUAAUAUACCAAGUAAUGAUAAGCAGGAUAUUCCACAGAUAAUUGAACCAUAUCGUUAUGAAAAAAUAAAUAAAAUACCAGAUGGCUUAAUUUUCCCAAGAGAUAUAUAUGAAAAGGAGAAUGAUAAAAGUAAGUAUUUUAAUUCAAUAAGCGAUAAUAAUAUGAAUGGCUCAUCUAUAGCUAAUGAUAAUAGUAGCAAUAUUGUUAAUGGGGUAAGUAAUAAUAAUAAUGGAUAUAUUUUCCAAACGGAAGAAGAUAGUUCAAAUGAAAAAUUAAAUGAAGAUGAAAAAUAUAAAUUGUUAAUUAACAAUUUAGAUAAUGAACAAACAAAUAGAUUUGAAGUAUUUCAUAGAACGUCAUUAAACAAGACUCAGAUUAAGAAAUUAGCUAAUACAGUUACUAAUCAAAAUAUCACUGAGAACAUUCGAGUCUUUUUACAAGCCAUUGGUAAGAUGUAUAUUGAUGACUUAAUAGAAAUUUCUAUGGAAGUAAGAAAUAAAUGGUUAAUAGGUAAAAUGAUCAUUCAAUUUGAUUAUAAGAAAAAAAUUGGAAAUAGAUUAAAGAAAUUUUUAAAAAAAUUAACAAUCUUGGUGGCAAGAUCAUCUACAUCACUUGCGAAUACAAAUAACAAUGGUACUCUUGGAAAAGAAAAUGAAGAAGAGAAUAACGACAACAAACGGAUAUUUGAAUCGGAAGAUAGUGUAAAUGAGGAAGAAAGUGAUUCAUUUUUCGAAGAUGAGAAAGAAGAUUAUAUUGUAGUAACCAAAGGGAAUUUGCUAUUAAAGCAUAAGGAGAAUAAUCAUUUGGUAAGAGAGGAAUUAAUUAAAUAUUAUAAUGACUUGGUAGUUCAGUUUAACAAGUUAGACGUUAGUAUUGAGAAAUAUAAUAAUAGUCCUUUGCUGCCUGAACACAUUCGUGAAGGUUGGAGGAUAUAUCAAUUACAAAGCGAAACUUUCACUAAGGCACAAUGGAGGCAUCAAGGUGAAAGAGAUGGUAUGAUGUUUCGCUGA